CGCUCGACACUGACUUCAGCGACUUUCCGAGCAGAAGAUCAUGCGUUCAGCUGUUCUGCUGAAGCUGACGGUUGGACUGUAUGAUCUUUAAUAAAUAACAAACAUGAUCCGUAUCGCGGCUCUGAACGCGGCAUCUCAGGCUGCGGAUGAACAUGAAGAUGCUUUCAGAAGCACUAAACCCGGUCAAACUAAGGAAGCCCAGGAGGCGGAAGCGUUUGCUCUGUACCAUAAAGCUCUUGAUCUGCAGAAACACGACAAGUUUGACGAAUCUGCCAAAGCCUAUCAUGAGCUCCUCAAGACGCCGCUGCUUAAAGAGGCUGUAGCAUCUGAAGAUGAGAAGGUUGGACUCAAGCAUCCUGGUCUGAUGUUAAAGUACUCCACCUAUAAAAACCUAGCCAGUCUGGCUGUGCUCAAAGAUGAUCUGGACACCGCCAUGGACUUCUAUGUACAGGCUGUCAUGCUGGACUCCACCGAUGUCAACAUGUGGUAUAAGAUGGGAAAGCUGGCGUUGAGGAAGGUCAGCAUGCCUCUGGCCCGGCAUGCGUUUGAGGUGGGCUUACACUGUAACCCGGAGCACUGGCCGUGUCUGGACAGCCUCAUCACAGUCCUGUACGCGCUCAGUGACUACAGCUGUUGUCUGUACUACAUCUGUAAGGCUCUGGAGAAGGACUCAGGCUACAGUAAAGGCCGAGUGCUGAAAGAGAAGAUCUUCCAAGAGCAGCCCUGCCUCAGACGAGACUCCAUGAAGAUGUUCUCCAAACUUGAUAUCUCACUGCAGUAUGUGGAUGUAGAUGAGGAGGAAGCUCACAGUAUUGUAGAGGAGGCGCUGGAGCUCAGGAGACAGAGACAGGCCAAACUCACACGCCAUCCAGUAGCUGAUCUGCAACUGGUUCAGCCCAUUAAGUACUUCACGUGGAAGAGUGUGGGAGAGAGUUUCCUGGCCAUGUACAAACACCAGAACGCUUGUCUGGUGCCUCGGCCUGACUUUGGCCGUCGGAUUGAUUUGUCCAUGUACCGUGACCCAGACUGCCUUCUGCAGAUGCCCAUCAGUGCUCCAGUGCCCGCUGCUGCUGCUGCUCCGUCUGACCCUCCUCAGCCCACUGUGCCAAUCUCUGACCCUCCAGCGCCGGUCGUCCUUCCUCCAGCCCCCAGCAGCCCGAGCGCCAGUCUGCCCCCGUGCCCUGAGCUGCUGCUCCAAGCCAUCACUGUUGCUGGAGGAGUCCCGCUGAACCAGAACGUGAUCGAGAUCACAACCACAACCACAGUAACCACCACUGCUGCGUCUGCUGUUGAGGACACUGCUGGGAACUCUGCAGCUCUGGAUGAUAAAGUGAAAAAAGGCACCAAGAGGAAGCGUGUGAUCGAGGACACCGUAGAGACGGCGAAGAGACGCUCGGCACGCGUUCGCAACACCAAAUGCAAGAAAGAAGAGAAGAUCGACUUCCAGGAGCUCCUGCUCAAAUUCCUGCCCUCCAGAUUAAAAAAGUUUGAAGAUGAUGAAGAUGAAGAAAGUCUCAGUAACAUGGAUUCUCAAUGUGGCAUCAAACCCGAUUCCCAGUUGAACCAUGGAUCCAACUCCUCCAAUUACAUUGUCUCUAUGGAGUCAGAGCGCAGUGAAGUGCAUGCCUUCCUGAUGGCCAAUAUGCAGAACGGCGGGAUCCUGGAGCUGAUGAUAUACUAUCUGAAGGCGGUGGGGCAGAAGUUUCUGGAGGAAUGGCCUGCGGGUCUUUCUGGAGUGGUGCUGGAUCUGUUCAACUGCUGGAGGAAACACAGCGCUGGACUGCCCAACCCGCUGCUCAGAGACUCCAGCAACAAACACAUCAAGGAAAUGAUGCUGAUGAGUCUGGGCUGUCUGGAGCUGCAGCUGGAGCAAAAAUCUAUGAUGAAGGGCAAGAACGCAUCUCAGAGAAAAACCAUGUCUGCAUCAGGAAGGGAUUGUGGGGAUUUGGACAGUCCAGAGACGCGCUUUCAGGCAGAUUUAUUCCUGCUGACCAUGGCUUCCUCUCAGAGAGACCUGUUUGAAGACCACUGGCUCUCGUUUGCCAUCAGAGUUCACUGGCUUAAAGCACGACACCUCGCCUUUCAGGGGGACAUGGAGGAGGCGCUGGAGUGUUAUGACAUGUGUGUCGGUCUACUGAAGGGACAGACAAGUGAAAACGACAAAAUCGCCAUCCAUCUUCCCAAUCUCAGCGUGGACAAUAGCAUCUCUAUUGAGGAGAUUGAAAAGAAGCUGAAGUCUCUGGAGCGCUGUCAGUCUCUAGAGGAGAUCCAGAAGCUGUUUGACGCAGGAGAUUAUCAGUCUGUGGUGCGUUUGCUGCAGCCCACGCUGAGCUUUGGCCACGGAGCCGCUCGACUCAAACCUCUGGAUUACAUCAGCUCUGCUCCUGAGAGACCGGCUCAGCUGCUUCUGCUGCAGAGUUCCCUGCUGCGUCAGAAAGACUUCAGCUCCUGCCUGGAGACGACUGAAGUGUCUCUCAAUGAAGCCCUGCAGCACUUGAACUCUGCAUUACCCAGCAGCCCCUCUGCUAAGGAAGAGUGGAUUUCCACCAUCACGGCUCUUCUGAAGGGCAUCGAAAGCUGCAUCACUGACAAGCCGGAGCUGCUCCGCCAAACGCCACGAUCUGCAAAUCUACCACGGCUCGCGAACAACCUCAUCCAGUUAAUCGCCACCAGCAUGGUCUUACCCGACGACCCCAAAGAGGCUCAUUUCUCAUCUCUGCUGCCUUGGAUUCUGCUGUAUCACCUCAUCAAACAGGAAGAGGCAGCUUUUGACUGCAUGCUGCGGCAGCACAUCGCAGACGAGGAGGACGAGGAAGAUGAUACUCCAUUGCUGCCCUCCUCCCUCAUGCUUCUGAACACAGCACAUGAAUGUUUGGGCCGGCGCUCCUGGUGCUGCAACUCUGAUGGAGCUCUGCUCAAGUUCUUUAUGCGCGUUCUGCGGGAGAAGCUCUCGGGACAUGAGAAUCUGCCUUAUAAAGAGGAUCUGGAGAUGGCACUCGAGCAGUGUUUCUUCUGUCUGUACGCGUACCCCAGCAAGAAGAGCAAAGCCCGAUAUCUGGAGGAACAUUCUGCUCCGCAGGUGGAGCUUCACUGGAAAGAAGCCGUCUUCAUGUUUGAGUACUUCAAACCCAAGACCAUGCCAGAGUUUGACAGCUAUAAGACCAGCACUGUAUCUGCUGACCUCGCCAACCUGCUCAAAAGACUUUCUGGAAUAAUCCCGCGCACUGACGGCCCAACGCUCUCCAUAGACGACGUGUCUGCCUAUAUUGAAGGAGGUGCAGUAAAGGUUCCUGCCCUUCCUGAAGGAGCAUCUCCAGCGCCCCCUGUGGUCAAUGAGCUGUAUUACCUGCUCGCUGAUUAUCACUUCAAAAACAAAGAGCAGUCCAAAGCCAUCAAGUUCUACAUGCACGACAUCUGCAUGUCUCCCAACAGGUUUGAUUCAUGGGCGGGCAUGGCAUUGGCACGUGCCAGCCGCAUCCAGGACAAGCUAAACUCCAAUGAGCUGCGCAGCGACGGGCCCAUCUGGAAGAACUCUCUGGCUGUGCUGACCUGCUUUAGACGCGCCCUGGAGAUCGACGGCUCCAACCUCUCCCUGUGGAUCGAGUACGGGACUAUGUCUUACGCCCUGCACUCCUUCGCUUCCAGACAGCUCAAACAGUGGGGACACCAACUCCCGGCAGACUUGACCAAACAGAUGGAGGAGCGCAGAGACUCGAUGUUGGAGACGGCGUCGCAGUGUUUUCAGAGCGCUUCUCGCUGUGACGGUGAUGAGGAAGAGUGGCUCAUUCACUACAUGCUAGCCAAGAUUGCAGAGAAGCGCAAACAGCCGCCCAAAGACUACCUGCAGAUGUACAAAAAGUCUGCUCAUUACCUGCAUGAGGAGGCUGCCAGAUAUCCACGCAAAAUCCACUACCACAACCCUCCUGACCUCGCCAUGGAGGCCUUAGAGCUGUUUUUCCGCCUAAGCGCCACCAUUCUCAAGUUGCUGGAAAAUGUGGAAAAUACUGGUGAGCAGGCUGAGACGAAGCUACUGGAUUAUGAUCUGUUCUUCUGCUUGCUCACCGAAGCGGCGGUUGGACCCUUUGCACGCGGAGAAGAGAAGACCGCGCCUAAAACCAGCAGCGACAAGGAAAAGCUUCUGUCUGUGAAUGAUGAAGACUCUCUGUCCUCGGCCGGUGUGAUGACGUGUCCGGCAGCGAUGACUGGCUCAGCAUCAGUGGCGGCUGCAGGAGCUUCACUGGCCGGCGACGGCGCGGCAGGUGCGAGUUCUCCCCCGUAUGCGGUCACUCCACUCGACCACGAUUACGCCAAGCGUAAAAACCUGCAGCAGAGGCACAGACAGGGGGAGCAGAUCCAGCGGCAGCAGCAGCGGCAGCAGCAGGACGCUGACUUCUCACUUGACCACGACUACUGCGUGUGUGUGUCUGCUUUGCGGCCAGGAUCAGUGUAUGAGCAAAGUCAGGACAGCGUCGCUGGCUUGUCGGACUCCAGCUCCUUGCAGGACGUCUUCAUGGAUGCCACCAGCUCACAGGACAGCAGCCACAAACUCCAUCCUGUGAAGUGUAGCAUCUUCCCAGAGGAUUCAAAUGCCACUGGGAAGGAGAAACAGGCCACGGUGGAGGACACAGGCCCCCUGGAGGACAAAAACAUGGACUUCAGCUCCGCCACCCUGUCCCAGGAGUCCUCCGUCACGCAGGAGUCCUCAGACACCACUUUAUCCAUCACGUCCCCUGAGGCCUCCGUCCCGAAGACUCCCACAGCAGACCCGCUGAGCCAGGCUCCAUCUGUCCCGCAGCCACCCACCACGCCAAACAGACCGCACCCGCAGACGGGGCCCUCCAGCGAGAGCAAGCGCAGGCCGGAGCCGCCCCCUCCACUGGAGGCCAUGGAGCUGCCCAAGGCUCUGCCGGCGGGACGAGAGGAGCAGAGGAAAACACUAGUGGACGUGUGUGUGCGCUGUCUGUUCCUGUGUCUGAGCCGCUACCCACAGCACUACAAGAGUCUGUACCGUCUGGCACACCUCUACGCCUACAGCAACACACACAAGAACCUGCAAUGGGCACGGGAUGUGUUGCUAGGGAGCAGUGUCCCAUGGCAACAGCUCAAGCACAUGCCGGCACAAGGACUCUUCUGCGAGAGGAAUAAGACCAAUCUGUUCAAUGGCAUCUGGCGUAUUCCAGUAGAUGAGAUCGAUCGUCCUGGUAGUUUUGCAUCUCAUAUGAACAGAUCCAUCGUGCUGUUGCUGCAUGUUCUGUCACAACUGAAAGAUCACCACACAUUACUCAAAAUCUCCCUCAUGCUUCAGAGAACCCCCGACCAGGGAAAGAAGUACUUGCGAGAUGUGGACCGACAAGCUUUGGCCAAGCGAGCGUUUUUCUUCACUGUAAAAGUGCUGGAGGACAACCUGGAUAAACUCACAGGGACGAGCGAUCCCCCUAAACCGUCUGCCACUGGUAUGGGUGAAAUGACCACGACGGAUGUGUCCAACAGACCACCCGCCGCGGAGGAUCCCAAAUCCUCCCAGUCCAGCCAGCCAAAAACAGCAGUCCCCGAAACCCCUACGGCUACAGGAGGUGAAAGCGGACUUCCUAGCUUUCCUCAGAAAUGUUCAGCAACACUCCAGCUUUCCCUGGAGCCUUUGCCUCAGGCCACGGCAUCCACACUUCAGGCUACUUCAGAACCCAUGGAGCUCGGCUCGGGUUCGUGGUUGAGUUCCUCAAAAUUCAAAGACCCACAUGUUGAUGCUGGAUCACAGGAGAUUGUUAAAUCAGCAGCGGAAGAGACUGAAAAACUCCCAGAGAGCAGUAGAGCGUCAGAGCUAUCGCUGGAGGAGUUAAGCAUUAGCACUAAACAACAACAACAACAGCAGCAACAGAUACAAAAUCAGGUGAACGCAGCUAAACCAGCCACGACUCCAAUCACUCCCACACCUCUACCCAGCGGCGCUGAUCUGGUGGUCCCGCAGAGACCCAGCAGGAAGAGGAAACUGCUGGAUGACGUGGAGUCUGGAAAGACGCUGCUUUUGGAUGCGUACAGGGUGUGGCAGCAGGGUCAAAAGGGCAUGACCUACGACCUUCAGCGCAUCGAGAAGAUCAUGUCGGAGACCUACAUGCUGAUCAAACAGGUGGAUGAGGAUGUAGCGCUGGAUCAAGCUGUUAAAUUCUGCCAGAUUCAGAUGGCGACGUCAGCACAGAGACAGAGCUCCAGUGAAGCGCCCAGCACUCCCAAGUUUACAAAAGAGCAGCGAGACAUCUUCUUCCCAGCAUCGUUCUCCACGCCGUGCCUCCACACACACACACACCCAGCGUCGGUGCAGGACGCAGAGGCCAGGCUGAGCAAGACCCCUCGACCGCUGCUCAUACAGACGCAGACACACAGCACACCAGCGCAGAUCUACUGCCAGACCGACCAAUCACAGCAACGCAAGACCACCAGCCAGCCAAUCGCAAGCAUGGCCUUCCUGCCCCACACAGAGGACAGAGAAGAGCCGGUGUCUGAGGGUCUGCUGUACCGUCAGCAGGAGUCUCACCUGUGUCAGCAGAUGAAGAUGGCCACCGUCUCUCAGAUCCACAACACACAUGAGUGGGCCGCACACGAGCCCCCGUCCUGCUCAACACACUCCAGCACAGAAAGUGAGCAGUCGAAGCAGAACGAUCCGAGUCGCAUCCGCUCCAGAAUCCCACCCAACAUGCCCAAACUGCUGAUUCCCUCCACCGUCACCAAAUUCCCCCCGGAGAUCACCGUCACGCCCCCCACGCCCACCCUGCUGUCCCCCAAAGGUAGCAUCUCUGAGGAGACCAAGCAGAAGCUUAAGAAUGUGAUCCUGUCCUCUCAGUCGGCAGCUAAUGUGAAGAAGGACACCCUGGCUCAGCCUGCGCUAGAAGUGCAGGAGACGUCCAGUCAGGAGUCGUCCCUGGAGAGUGAAUCAGACGAGGAAGACGACUACAUGGACAUCUGAACUUCAGCAAUCUGCUUUUCUAAAGGUUGUAGCUGCAGUCCGUCUGUUGGUUUUUCUAUAGCGCGUUUUCUCCUGCUAUAUGCACGGUAUUUUCAGCAAAAGGGCUUUUUUCCUACCCUGGCACUGCUGUCCUGUUGUUUCCGCUCCUCUGCUGCUAUAAGCAUGGACUGGUGUCGUUGUUUUUGUCGCGUACGAUCCUGCAAAAGUGCCAUUUCUUAGACGUUCGUGCUGGAUUCUCAGUACUGAGGAUGGAUUGCGUAAUAUCGGCGGUUUGUGUAAUGCAAUUUACUCCCUCAGAGUUUCUUGGGCAUUAAAUCCAUCAUGUUGUUGUUUACAGAAUUGACAGGAAGUAAAUCGCAAUGGACGUUUGGUGUAAAAUAAACAGGAUUCAUAUCACUACCGAGUUGCAGCCAAUCGUGGAGUUUCCCCCCCGAGGAUGUCAGCAUGCAGAAGUGACGUGUUUUUUUCUCGGUGUUUUUUGUGCGUGUGUGCUUCUGUUUUCAUAAAGCGCAUGGAGAAUCACCAUUCAAUCGCUCGUCUAUGCUGUCCGCUUUUUACAAGGGGAAUAAUUCCACAAAUUGAUAAUCCUUCAGCACCACUUCAGAGUUCAACUUAUAUUUUUUGAUUGUCGUCGUUGUUAUUAUUAUUCUAGAUUGCUAUAUUGGUGAUCUGUUUGGUUGUAAAAGUUUCAAAGACCUGAUUUGAGUUUGUAAGCUACAAAAAAAGUUCUAUUUUGUUUUAUAUUACUGGUAGUGUCUCACAUUUUUGACCUGAUUUCAUGUUUUUUUUUCCUUUGUAAUUAUAUUACAUUUCCUUUUGAGGAUGGUAAACAGCAGCGGCUGAAAGGGUAAAUGGUGCCAGCCUCAUCACCAGCACUGAAAACGUCUAUUAUUCAUAUCAUACUUCAAAUAUGAAUGUCCUUCAAAUUACUACUAUUACUGUAGAGUUUGUUAUUUUUAUUUUGACAUAUUUUUUCACAGAUUUUGCCAAAAUAUUUGGAUGUAUUUUCUGGCAUCACAGCCAUUUAAAUGAGUCAAACAAACCUAAAAAUGGUGCUGAUCCUUUAUUUUUUUUGCUU